AUGGCGGAGAAGCAAUUGUGGUCGUCACACGUUCUGGGCUUGUCUGUAUUGGUGGUGUUGUCAUGUUGUGUGAGUUACAGUCUCUGUAAAGAGAUCCACACCUAUACGCUCACGAGAGGAAACUUAUCUGUCACCUUCACUAACUAUGGUGCUGUCAUGACCUCUCUUCUUCUCCCCGACAGACAUGGAAAGCAAGACGAUGUUGUUCUUGGAUUUGAUUCUGUUGAUAGUUACAAGAAUGACACAAGUUAUUUUGGGGCAAUUGUGGGAAGAGUAGCCAAUAGAAUCGGAGGUGCUAAGUUCGAGCUGAAUGGUCAACUUUACAAAACCGAUCCCAACGAAGGCCGUAACACUCUCCAUGGUGGCUCAAAGGGAUUCAGCGAUGUGAUUUGGUCAGUCGAAAACUAUGUUCCCAAUAGCCACAUUACUUUCAAAUAUGAUAGCUUCGACGGUGAAGAAGGUUUCCCCGGAGAUGUGACGGUGAAAGUGACGUACAUGUUGAUCGGAGUAAACAAACUCGCUCUGAAAAUGGAGGCAAAGCCACUCAACAAACCCACACCGAUCAACUUGGCACUCCACACAUACUGGAACCUCCGCGGCCACAACUCCGGCGACAUCCUCUCCCACAAAAUCCAACUCCUCGCCGGGAAAAUCACUCCCGUCGACGAAAAACUCAUCCCCACCGGCGAAAUCACCUCAAUCGAAGGAACUCCUUACGAUUUCCUCGAGCCACGCGAGAUCGGAAGCCGGAUCAAGGAAUUACCCGGCGGUUACGACAUCAACUACGUGAUCGACGGAAUCGCAGGGAAGCACCUGAGGAAAACGGCGGUCGUUUCCGAGAAAGUCACCGGGAGGAAGAUGGAGCUGUGGACGAAUCAGCCCGGUGUUCAGCUGUACACGAGUAAUAUGCUGACGCGUGUCGUCGGAAAAGGGAAAGCGGUUUACGAUAAAUACGGAGGGCUGUGUCUGGAGACGCAAGGCUUCCCGGAUUCGGUGAACCACAAGAAUUUUCCGUCGCAGAUUGUGAAUCCCGGCGAGAGUUAUUUGCAUGUUAUGCUCUUCAGGUUCACUGCUCAUUAA